AGGAUUCGUAAUGGCAUUUCUGACCCGCUGACAAAACAACAGCUUGCCGGCUUGUGUCUGAGGAUUGUCCAGUUUUUAUCGGACAAGCUGAUGCAGAUCAUCAUCCCAGGUCUUUACGAACUACUGGGCAUCCAAGAUGCUGCCUCCUCUCCAUUGUCACAGAGAUCUCUCACAGCGUCACUCACCAGUCUGUUAGACGAUAAGGUUAACACCAAGUCCCGCGUGAGAUUUACUGAGGCUGGUGUACCUAAGAGGCCAGGCAGUCGAAAGUCUUACAAUAGCUUUCGCAUCCCGACUCCCUACCCUUCCUCCAACUGUAUGGAUCAGGAAGAGGAAGAAGAGCAGGAAUCACAACAACUUAAGUUCAAGGAGAUGUACCUGACUAAGGAGAUGGGCAGUCUGGGCAGUGGAAGCUACUGCCCAAAACCAUUGCCCAAGCCAGCCAUGAGAACCUCUCUGUCUGAUGUGCAGAAGAAGACAACCAACUCUGACUCGCUACAAGUCCUCUUAGGUGUCUCAGAGGACACCCUCGUCACCUGUGUGCAGGACAGCCUGCAAGGUUCUCUCUCCAAACUUGCAUGCAUGUCCAAUUCUCCAUCUGGAAGUGCAGGCUCUCCGAAGAUGACCCCUGCUGUAAUGGCAGAAGUGAUUAAAGAUGUCAAGUCGGCCGUAUCAGUGGUCGUUAAGAGUGCCUCCGCUAGCCAAACCUCUCAAGUGACACCGGUAAGGGGAGACUCACAGACCAAGGUGACUGAGAGCAUGGUGAGAGAGCUGGCUGCUAAACUUGAAAAAGUUGACCAAGAGAGCAAGAGUCUAACAGGGCAAGUCAUGACCAUGAUCUCUGACACAAUGGUGGCUUUUGUUGACGAGAACGAACAGAAUUUGCUGAAAGAUCUGAAGGACAAGAUCACGUUUUUGGCAUCGCAUGUUGGCUUCAUUGACGAUCUUGAUGCCCUGAUAAGGAAAUACGAGAGCAGCUACAACAUUGGUGAAUCUGGUUCUUCCUGCACGCUCACAUCUAAGAGCAUCCAAAAACUCUCCAGCCGGGAGUUUCAAACAUCAGCAAUACAAGCAGUGAGUGGAGUUCUUGCCAAAAAAGUCAGUAGUUUGAGCUUUCCUAGUUCAGUCGUUCAGUCUGAGUUAACAGGUGCUGUAUCAGGUCAAACAUUGUCUGGCAUUGUAAAGACAGAGUCAAUUCACCCAGUGGGCUCAGCAGCGUCAGUAGUUGUUAAGACUUUCGUGUCAGAUAUGAAGUCCUUGGCUGAAUCUGAGAGUCCCCAACAGAAGAGUGCCUGGUCUGCUGCUGUUCACAUUUACCACAGCAUCCAAAACAACUUGAAAGAUUAUUUCGGCAAGCUUCAGCGAUGUGCCUUAAAGAGCAUUGUCACAUCUGAUGAUAACAUCACAAAUGCUGAGUUUAAGGAGACAGUUCCACUUCCUUGCUUAGACAUGAAAUAUAGGCCCAGUAAGAGUGAGCCUCAGUUGCCAGAGUCCACUGGUGAAGUUACUUUACAAAGAGGCCUAAGUGAGAGCUCAAAACUAAUUUGGGCACAAACUGAGUCAGAAGAAAGCAAGCUCCUUCUGACAACUUGCACCAAAGAAGUCAUUUCAGAGCUUCUGGGAUUGUACAACACUGAGAUGUCAAAGGAGGACGCCCUGUACACUGUUGGAGAAAAAGGAUCAGGCUUCUCUAUUGAGAGACAACAAUUUGUAGAGGGUGUUCUGGCUCAGCAUGGGGAAUACUCCCAUUCCAGGGCCUCAUCACCAAUAGUAUCUGAGGUCCCCUCUCAAAUUGAGGACAGCAGAAGUAAGGCCACAGCUUCUUUGACCAGUCUGUUAGAUUGCAUGAAAAAACUCUCAAGUGAGGAAUUCAAGAGAGACACCACUCAAGCAGUGAGUGAGUUCCUAGUUAAAAAGUCCAACAGUAGCUUACCGAGUGCACAGCCUGCUUAUUCUGUAGCAUCCAGGUCUUGUUCCGUUCAAAACCAGAGAACCUUGUCAAAGGAUAUUUGUGCGGAUUCUGCUGCCUUUGGCAUCAUUGACACAUUUGUGGAAGACCUGCAGAGCUCGGCGCAACCUGCAGAAGUAGAGGAGAGAGAACCUGACCUCCAGGAAAAUGCACAAAAGCUACAGAGCAGGAUCUGGUCUGCUACCACUAGUUUAUAUAACAAUAUUCAGAAGACAUUAAAGGGCUUCACCAUUCACCGGCGGAGAUCAGACGUGCAGAGAAGAAUGUCUAGCCAUACACCCACAGAGGACUCUGGACAUCUUGUGACUAAGGAGUACCUUGGUUUGGCAAGCCAGAGCUUGACGCAAGCUAGUAAGAGUGUGCCUCACUUGCCCAGUUUGAACCAGGAAGUGACUCUACACAUGGGUGUCAGAGAGUUCAAAACUUCUCUGGACUGAAACAGAAGAGGGUCUAAUGAACAAUAGUACCAAACAGGUCAUUUCAACAAUCUUGACCUCAUGUGAGGAUCAGACAUCAAAUGCACCUUGCUUCUCCACAGUAGGAAAGAAAAUAUCUGAUAUGUCCCUUGAGGUCAACAUAUUGGUAGGUGGUGUUCUGUCUCAGCUGAAGGACAUCUCCUUGUCAAGGUCCCCAACACCAUGUGAAGACAUGUUUGAACGUCUCCAAGGUUCUCCUGAGCGAACCUCUCCAGUAAGUCUAGAUUGCAGCACGGCUGCCUCCAAAGGCAUUGCAUCUUCCCACAGUCUUUCAACAAAGAGCCUCCAAAAACUUUCUAGUCAUGCGUUCCAAACCAAAGCUGAGAAAGGAGUGAGUGAGGUCCUCUCUAGAUCAUUUAACAUUGUGGAGGAAGGUACAACAGAUAAGUACCUCCAGUCUGUAUAUACAUCCACCACAUCUACUGAUAUUAUACAAACCAUAGUGAAAGAUCUGCAGGAGAUCACCCAGAAAACCCAAUCAUCUGACAUGGUAUCUGGAACCUCCCUGCUCACCACUGGACAGGUUUCUGAGAAAAUAAUCUGGUCUGUUGCUCGUAACAUCUACUACAGUCUGCAAAGUAAGAUUACGGAGUUUCUCAGAAAAGAUCUUCAAAGAUCAGACACAACACUUGGUUCAAUCCAAAUAUUUACAUAUCAAAGCAGUCCUGCUUCACAAAGAGCAAGUCUCUGCCAUCUUGAGGUCAACCAGAGCAGUGUUACACCUGGUGGAAACGAUGCCUGUGUGGACAUUCCGCACAAAUUACUACCUAAAACCACUAAGCUCUCAGGAUCCAUGCUGGAGGAUAUUGGCACGAUCCGUUGUAGGAGUGCUGACAGCCAAAAUACAAGAAAUACCUCUUCUUCACGCUCCUCCACCUCUCUAACACCUACUUCAAAAUCAAAGCAGUCAGAAUGGGACUUCACCUUGCCCGGUACUCCCAUCCCCACUGAAUUAUCUGCUCAGAGUGACUUUCCCAUUGUAAGAAACAUGAUCAUUCAGGACUUGUUUCACACAGAGAACUUACUUCCCCCAACCUUUGUGGACAAAGUCAGACAAGCUGCUGGGGUGGUAGUGGACGAAAUGGUGGAAAGUGUUGAGAACACACAGGAAGAUGGACAGGGUGCUUCUCAUCCUGACAACCUCAGAUCUGCUGUUAGGAAAUUGAGAAAAAUAAUUUCCACUGGGACCAUCCACAUUUUCAGUCAUGAAUUUGUGGAUAAAGUGAUAGCCCUUCAGGACAGCCACAGCACUCCACAGGUCUUAACAUUGGCAGCAGCCAGAAGUGCUUCAGACUCCAUUCUUUCAAGGCUGAAAUGGGGAAAGGAACAAUGUGCCAUAUCCAGGAAGCUCUCCUCUCAGCUUCUCCAGAUAUUUGCUGAAUAGACAGUGAAGGGCUUCCUAAAACAGUGGUUAGAUGAGUAUGAAAAUAUCAACAUUGAUGUUUCAGUCCAGAAUGAACCAAGCACCUCUACUUGCAUGGUCUUUCCUAUCCAGCUCAAUCAGAGCAAGCCAGAGGAUACUGACACAAUGAAUCAGCUCACGAAGGUCAUGGUCAACAAAAUGAUGGAUGCCUUAUCAGUUGGCUCAAGUCAUCAAAUGAUCACCAAAGCCAAUGCCAAAUGUUAUUUUGAGUCCAGUACCAGCAUGGCCACCAGAGACAUUGUAGAAGGGAUGUUGGAUUUGGUAAGGGAUAGCACCAGCAGUACUGGAGAGCAGAUCCCCAUCUUCAAGUCCAAGAAAAGCAAGAAAACCAUGUUCAGCAAGAUAUGCUUUAACAUAAAGUGUUCCAAGAAAGUUAGAAAGGACCACUGUCCUCAAAAGUCUAUGGAGUACCAGCCUCAGAACACUUCCCCUACUGUGUACUUUACAGAGUCGAGGACAAAUUCUCAUGGCUCCUUUGCUCCAGAGGGAAAUGACAUCGCAUAUUUCUUCCCACCUGAAGAGAAGAGUCGCAAACCCUCCCUUUUCACCAGAAUGUAUAGAGCCAUCACUAGAAGCCUCUCCAACCCAAGAUAAUUUUCCUCAUUAAAUGAGAUUGCAUUCAUUUGUUGUCAUAUGUUGACUGUUUUGCUAGCACAGACUGUAAUAUGUUCUGCGAUUCAUCCACAUGCAUUGAGGAGUAUACCACCUCAGUCACAGGCUACAUCAAUAAGUGGAUCGACAACGUCGUGCCCACAGUGACCGUAUGUACAUAUCCCCGACAGAAGCCAUGGAUUACAGGCAACAUCCACACCGCGCUAAAGGCUAGAGCUGCUUCUUUCAAGGAGCGGGACACUAAUCCAGACACUUAUAUGAAAUCCUGCUAUGCC